AUGUCACCAACCGCCACUACCUCGAACCCAAUAUCGAACUCAGAGGAAAAGGGACUCACUCUCUCAUGCGAAACGUGCCGAAGACGCAAAAUCAAGUGCGAUCGGGCCCGACCUAAUUGUGCGUUAUGCCUCAAGUCGCAACAGAGCUGCUUCUAUCGACAAGCACCAUCAAAGCCUGGCCCAAAAGUCGGCUCGACACAGCGAGGCCAGAAGCGUGCUCGCACCAAUAAAGGCGAAGCUCGCAAUACAAGCACGUCCAGAGAUGAGGGCUCCGGCGAAGAAGCACAACAGUCAGAUUGCGCCCGUAUAAGUAUAGCUACUUCCUCUAGAACUACCAAUGCCGCCUUUUUACCCACCGACUUGGACCAGAAUGCUACGGCAUGGAAUCCUCGCGACCUCUCGAGCCCAAAAUCUGUUGGUAAUGAGCGUUACCUGUCUCCCGAAAGUCUCGACUCCCCAAAAGCUGGCACCAUCGGCAUGCACGACCUUUCAUUCAUCAUCCAUCCCUCCCACGAGUCAACACAUACCCAGAAAAGGGAUGGGAACCAUGGAUCUUUCUCAGCGUCGGAACCAUUUUCCAAAAUCAACCUCGAAUCGUCCAAUAUGCUUCAUCGUGCCUGCGCGGCAUUGGAUAUCUCUUCGGGGACGAUGGAUUCCCUCAUCGAUGCAUAUUUUGCCAAUAUGACCGCGUUUACGCUUUUCCGCCCUUCGUGUUUUCGAGCAAAAGUCUCAGCAAUCACCUCUUUGACGCAGGUGAACGCUCUUUUGACAUCUAUGUUCUCUUUCUCUGCACGCUUUAUCGAACAUGGAGGUGAUUCUACGAUGCUUCAAGCCACACUAGGUGAAACUAAGCCCAAGUCGAUGGCCGAACACUUUGGUAGAUUGGCCUCAGUGUUUCUAGAUGAGGCUCUGAGGGAAUGUGAAGAUGACACACCAAGCUUAUGUUUACUACAAGCACUGACACUAUCGACCUUCCGACAAUUAAUUAGGGGUGCCAGAGGCCGCGGUUGGAGGUCUCUCGGUACGUGCGUCCGCGCAGCCUACGAGCUCAAUCUACAUUUGAUCGACGCCAAUCACAUAACUACAGACAUGCCCUUCGUAGAUAGCAACCCGGAAACUUGGUGCGCGGAUGAAGAGAAGCGGAGGACAUGGUGGGCCAUCUGGGAGAUGGACACGUUCGCUAGUACUGUGCGCCGAUGUCCUACGGCAAUUGACUGGUCUCAAAACGAGACUCGACUACCUACCGACGACAGCCUAUGGUUUGUUGGCGAGCCCCAUGGUAGUUGCUUUCUGGAUCCGAACCCCAUGAAUCGCUGGAGACAUAUCCAGGAAUGUGGCAGUAAAUCGGCGAAAGCAUGGUUUAUCAUAGUAAAUUCCUUGAUGAGGGACGCACAGCAGCUCUCAAGUCCUAGACCGGUGUUCCCGUUCUCGUCUUUGGGUGAACAUUCGAAACUGAAAUCCAAGACCGCUACCGCAUUUGGCAGAAGGGACUGCGCAGAAAUCACUCAAGGUCUUGGUAUAUUGGAAAAUGCUCUGCAUUGCUUCUCGAUCGCAUUACCCGAGUCUCUGCAAUACCAGCAAGAAAACUUGCGAUUUCCCAGACCAGGCACCAACCAAUCAUUGCUCAUGCGAAACAGUUCCAUAUACAGUAUUCACAUUAUGAUCCAAUUAGCGAACUUCAUGAUCUAUCAACAUGGUGUUUUUGGAGGCGGGCGCCGAGAGCAUAUUCUAGCCAAGGGAACCUACGAGAAAAACGCACGCGGUCCAUCGAGCGAUCCGGUCCCUCCAUCCACCGUGAAACCAGACGAAGAAGGGUUAGGCCACUACAUUGAUGCAUCAGAUGAAGUACUCGCGGUCGUGAGUCGGAGUUCGAACGAUCACUUCAAAUACGUCAACCCCUUUCUCGCAAGCACAAUCUGGGUUGCAGCAUCAGUGCAACUAGUGUACAAGUUCUUUGCUCAACCGGGAUCGAACAAAAGCUUGACCGAGUCAAAGUACCAGGUUCUUUGCUUGAAUAUCACCCAGUUUGUAAAGUACUGGGAUGUCUCUGACAACCUCCAAAAGAAUCUGGAUUGUCUACAGUCCGCGCUUGAGCGUUUUCACGAACAUCAACAACAGGGCGGUGCUGGCCAACAAAAGAGUAACGGCAAAUCCGUACAAAAUCUUAUGGAAUAUCCAGUCCAGUUGAAUUCGCAAACGGAAGAUCUUCGUGAAGACGGCAGCAACCAGGUCAGUGACAGAUGGCGACACGAUUUCCAAGAUACAAACCUACAGAACACACAAAGUAGCCCACAGCCUGUGGAGUUCAAUCAAUUCGGCAACCUGAACACUGCCACCGCUCACUUGGGGAGUGAGCUUGAGUUUCCUGGUAGUAUCGAUGAACAGUUCCCUAGCUACCCUCUUUCUGACAUCAACUUGACAGAUUCGCCUGUGGAUUUGCAAGGGUAUCUGAAUGGGUUUUUUAUUGGGGGCGGAUUCCAAUAA